UCUCAUACUAAGGUGAUCAUUCGAAGUGCAAAGAUCGUAUUUGGAUUUUCAAUCUUGUGCUACGAAUUUUAGUGCGUUUUUUUUUGGGACAAACUAUUGUGUUUGAGUGAUUUUUUUCAUUUCGUCAACCACAACAAAUUUGGAUUACCAGCGAAACAUCCGUUUUGGAUAAUUUACUUCAUUUCUUUCGAGUUUUACCCAAAAAUUUCCGUAAUCAUGUACGUGUGUUUUGCCCUCGUCGGGCUUUUCUUUGUCGGUGCCCACUGCGGCGAAAAAGAUCAAUUCGAUGCUGUCGUUUUGAACAGCAACUUGUUCGGUGAACAACCAGCUGAACAAGAUGGAAAAUUCUGGUGGAUGAGCAAGGGCUCACCAUUCAAACGUGCUGUUGCCGCUGGACCACCACAACAACAAUUCGACUUCACCGCUAAUCCAUUCUUACGCAGCAACACCGCUGCUAAAUUGUACAGUGCUCCUGGAUACUUGCCACCACAAGAACCACAACGCCCACAAACCACCCCAUGCCAAGGAAAUGGUCGUACUUGUGUUCCAAAAUACCAAUGCCAGGGCGGUUUUGUUGAUGCCAGCCAAGUCAGCGGAUCAGGCAGCCAGCAAUGUAACAUUGAUACCGAAACUUGCUGCGCCAUCCGUGUGCCAACCCCAGCACCAACUCAACCACCAACCCGUGCCAGCUACAUUCCACCACCAACACCAGCCCGUCAACUUCCAACCCCAUGCUAUGAUCGCAACCAAGUCUGUGUACCAGCCAACCAAUGCUACAACGGACAAGUUCAACGUAACAGCCCAUAUGCAUCACGUCAACCGGCUUCGCAAUGUUUGGCCCCAGAAGUGUGCUGCCGUGUUCCAGAAGAACCAAGACCAAAUCCAAGUGUUACCGUUGUCUCAUACCAAACUAGCCCAACCACCCCACGUCCAGUGAUUACCAAGCGUCCAGUUAACAACCAAUACCUUCCACCACGUGACAAUGAAGUUCCACAACCAAGCAACCCGACCGGCGCAUACUUGCCACCAUUACAACACGAAGAAGACAAAUCACCAGAAAUUCCAGACAAUACCAACAACAACCCAUCAGUUGUUCGUCCACCACAAGUUCGUCCACCACAAGUUCGUCCACCACAAGUUGGUCCACCACAAGUUCGUCCACCACAAGUUCAACAAGAUCUGGCCCCACAAUUGCCACCAACCGCUUGUCCAGCUGCCACUAACUGUACCGAUAUCCAAUUCUGUGCCGCUGAUGGAACACUCCAAUCUUCACCAGUCAGUUUGACCAAGGAACAAGAAACCUACCGCGUACCAUUGAGCCCAUGCCGCGAUGAAUCAAAAGGCAUCCAACAAGGUGUCUGCUGUCGCGAUCUUAACUACACCGAUCCAUGGCCAACCAACCUUUUGCGAACUGGCGCAUUCGAUGCAAAUGUCCUAGCUCAAGCUUUCGACGAUGGACAAUACCGACCAACAAAUGGCAAUGGACUCAAUAAGAAAAGAGGUGAAGCACUGAAAAGCCCAAUCAAUCCAAUCAAUCCAUUUACUGCAUCUAGCCAACAAACCAAACAAUACACAAAUGCACCUUUCAUUACAAACGCAAUCACGUACAAUAACCAACCAAUAAAAACCUCUGUUUCACAGCAACCAACGUCGCCAAAUCCCUUUAAUUUCCAACCAAAACAACAAACAUUCAAUCCUCCCUCUCAGUUUAACACGCCGCAACAGAACCAACCCCAACAGCCACCACAAUUCGUUCCUCUAAAUCAACAGGCAUUCUCUUCUCCGCCGCUCGCUCAAGCUUCGACCAUUCAAGAAACCAUUGCUACGACAGUAGACUUCCCAACGCCAUCACCGGUAAGCCAACAAUUCCAAACACAACAACCUCAGACGUUCCAACCUCAAACAUUCCAACCUCAAGGUUUCCAACCACAACAACAGCCACCACAACCAAAAACACCAGCCAGUCCAUUCCGUGCAAACCAAUUGGGUGUUUGCGCCGUUCGUGAUCAAACUGGAUUGCCACGUGGAAAUGGACCAAACGAAGCCGCUUUUGGAGAAUUCCCAUGGCAAGCAAUGAUCUUGAGAGAAUCAACCAAAACAAUCCUAUGCGGUGGAGCUAUUAUUGAACCAACUCUUGUUGCAACCGCCGCCCAUUGUGUUGAGGGACUUCGUACACAUGAUGUUUUGAUCAAAGGUGGUGAAUGGAAAUUGGGUAGCACCGAAGAACCAAAACCAUUCCAAACUGUUCGAGUUAAGGCAAUCACAAUGCACCCAGCAUACCAACCAACCAAUUUGGAAAGCGAUGUGGCUCUCUUGCACUUGGAAAACCCAUUGAAAUACGAUCAACACAUUGGGCAAAUUUGCCUUGACGAAUCUGAAUUGGAACCAACAGGUUCAGAUGAAGAAUGUGUCACCUCUGGUUGGGGCAAAGAACAAAUCAAAUACCACAUCGCCGGAUCACUACCUCAUUCACUUGCAAUCAACCCACUGUCCGCUGACGAAUGUGAGUCUUCAUUGGGAUCGUUCAAUCCAAAUUCAGCUGUUUGUGGUCGUGCCCAAGGAAACCCAUGUGAUGUUGACAAUGGUAGCGCUUUGGCUUGUACACGUGGCAACGGACGCUACUUGUUGAAGGGUAUCUUGUCAACUGAAUCGGGUUGUGGACCAAAUCAAGUCAUGAAAUUCACAAAGAUGGAUGUUGAUUUCAUCAAGGGCGGCAGCGCACAAAAAUCUCUUCCUCUCAAUUCUAAUCGCAGCGGUGCAUUGACAUCGCCAUCACCAUCGACUACACGUGGAUUGAAGAAGUAUUUGCCACCCCACCCCCAAUAAGUUUAAAAGAAGUCGUAGCAAAUUUUCAUCGAGCGAACAUACUCAUUAUAAAAACAAAACCAAUUUUAUCUAUAUUUAAAAAAAACUCUCCCAUAAAAAAGGCGUCAAAAGCGAUCGAAUCCAAUUGAUGAGAUUCGUAUCCGGUUUGCGUCAAUCGCAAUGCACAUAUUUUCACAACACACAAACACGCAAAUUUUUCAGCUUUACUUGCAAUUUAGACUAUAAAAUUAGUAAUUGUCAUCACACCAACGAAUCAAUCAAACAAGCGGAAUCAAAUGAGGAAGGAAGAAGUAGCAAUGCCAGAUUAUUACUUAAAUCGAGGAAAGUACUAUAAUUUAAUUAUAUAAUUUGUAAUUAAAUUAUUAGGUAACAAAUGCAUGAUAAAGAGAAAAAAAAACAUAACAUUAUACAAAACGAACUGAGAUAACGAUAAUCAAGAACAUAGAAUUUUCUUCUUUUCUAAAAAAACAGAACAAAUCCAGAAAAAAAACACGAAACGCUAAAAUUAUCAACAUUUUGUUAUUGCCAUCGUCCAAAUGACGAACAAAAACCAUACAAAACGAGUAAGGAAAAAAAAACAAAAUCUUUUUUUUAAACAAAA